CCGCCCCUCUCAACAACAUGCCAGCCCGCGUCUCGACUACGCGCAAUGUCGAGCUCGUAGACCACGACGGCGUUGUUCUUGCAGGAUUCUACCAGUACGGCUCCGUCUCGUGGAAGACGUUCUACAGCUGGCUCGAUCUACUUUUCGACACCACCGACCCAUGGAUCAUCGUCGGUGGUGACCGCUCCACGGCGGAUCAGCAAUAUUUGCCCACAGACGCAGUCGCCCUACCGGGUAAAUACGUGCUGCUCGCUCCAGACCACUCGCCGCUUCGCGUCAAUCUCGUGUCCACGCGCGCGCACCGCCGGCAAGACGUGUCUGGCCGCAUCCGCAAGGGAGAGCUGAACCUACAGCAUGCACGCGACAGAGACCGCAAGCGCUUGUCUAUGGGAACAGAGAUGUCGUGGUCCAGACUGCAGGCGGCGCAUAUCUGCUCGAGCUCGCGUUCUUACCAGCAUGCGCACACACCCUCGCCCUGUGCCUCGCCUCCAGCCGCGCUCCAUCGGCCGGGCAUCCACAAGUCCGCAUCGCUACAGAACAUGCUCCUCCUCCGCGAAGACUUGCACAACGCAUGGGCAGACUACGAGUUCGGUGUCGACCCAGAUAACGGGUACUCGAUCACGCCAUUUGUAUCCGGGCACGGCGACCUCGCAGGACUGGUGCUACAAGUAGACGAUAUCGCGGACCCAACGACGCGCCCACUCGACGCGCCCCUGCGUGACCACUUCUUGCAGGGGCUGCUCAAGCACGUCAAGGGCUGCGGCGAGCGCCACUGGGACUUCCGCACGGGCGCGCUAGACCUGUCCGACCGCAACGUGUGGGGCACGGACGAGGGCAAGGAACGCCUCGAGCUCGAGCUCGACAACCGCCUGUUUGACCAUCGGCGGGCGCAGGCGUAGGGGGUUUGCGGGGCUGGUGAGUUGUUUCUUUUCUGGGAUCUGGGUUUUCUUCCGGGGUUGGAGGACGAGCGCAGUCGGUAUACACGACGACGACGUAUUGCGUGUUCGUUGGCUGUAUUUCUAGGUGCAUUUGGAUGGCUGUAAUACACGGA